AUGGCCCUUAGAAUUGUGAUAUUAUAUUUAUUAAGAUGUAUCACUUUGGUGCUUAGUCUCGGUACUUUGGGCUGUCAUGUUGCUCAGUUAAUUUUACUAAAUCAAGAUUCUGGAGCAGGACCAUGGUGGCCAGAUUUCAUACCUUAUAUUUUAUACUAUGUUGGACCUAUCGUGUCGAUAUUGUCAAUUUUUAUAUUACUGAUUUUAGGUUGUAUACAAUCAAAAUCCUUAUUAAGCGAUAGGGUGAUGAGCAUCAUCAAUUUGCUUUUAUUUAUCGCUAUUGCCGUCUACAACUCGCUUCAAUCAGGCACGAUCCCUUGGACAGGAAAUUUGACCAAGCAAUUCACUUCCAACACCAAAGGUUAUGCUUCAUAUUGCUCAAAUUAUGAAGAUAAUAGAACUUCAAUCCGAUGCUGGCUCGUCAAUGGAGCUUGGAUGGGCACGAUUGUGGUUGGUUUCUUUUGGUUGCUAUUAGCACUCUAUACACUUGUACAAAGAAACUCGGAUGUGUAUAAUGAGGACUAUGAUGCCUAUGAUUAUAAAGAGGAUGUACCCAUGGCAGUACGCCCUCCUUCGUCAGUUCAGCAUCUUCCUUCACCACCCAAACAUCAAUCACAAGGUGGCUACACAUCACCCAUAUUACCCCAACAACUGCAACAACAACAACAACAACAUCAUCAUCAGUCCUAUACACCACCUGUACAAAACAACGGGUAUUAUUACCACCAGCAACAACCGCAAACAUACGAUACUUCAAAUGAUUACAAUAACGAUUAUUAUUUAAACCCCGUACAAGAAGAGCAUAUGAAUAUGGGGUAUCGACAACAUGAUUCGUUAGUGAAUAAUGGGGGAUACGAAAGAUCUAGAAAGGUUUCCAAGACUUAUGUGGAGGAGAUACCCGCAAAUUAUAGUAAUAUUUCCCCAUCCGAAUCCGUACAGCCUCCCCAUUCCUAUGACGGGCUUGUGCGUAAUAACUAA